AUGGCGCAAUACCAGCAUUACAUCCCUCAGUUUCUCCUGCGCAACUUUUCCCAUCCAUACAACCCGCCGACGCAAAAGAGGUCCAGAAAGAGGGGCAAAUGCCACUAUGAGAAAGGCAAGUACAAAGGCGACAAAGUGCUCAAUGUUGUGGACCUCAAUUCCGAUGAACCGCGGUUGCUCGAGUCACCAGUAUCCCGUUGGUUCGGCCAGGAGGACAUGUACAAGGAUUUCGCCGAUGUCAUUAAAAGUAAGAAAGACGUGGAGCAAGAACUUUCCAAACUCGAGUGUCGGACAGCGGAAAUAAUUCACAAGGUUAAGAAGGCCCAUGAGAACAGUGAGCCCGGGAUAUGGCUCACACGGGUGGAGAGAAACAAGCUCCGAAAGUUUCUCUUCAUCAUGAAGUAUCGAGGCCCUGGCUUCUACGAAAAAUAUAUGUCUGAUGACCCACAAACGUAUGACUCGGAGGACAAGCACCUGCUCAGAGCCUACAUGUCCGACAGGGGAAUGAAGAGGCCGAGGGACGUAUGGCUACACAAUCUCCGCACUAUCCUGGAUCUCGAUAUGGACGCCGAGGAAAAGUGGGUUGCCCAGCUCCCAAAACUCAUGUUUUCGGCAGACGCGGAGAUGUUUAUCUUUCAUGCACAGUUCUCCUAUAUGACAUUCUGCACACCCGCUGAGGAAUGUGACGAGUUUAUACUUACGGAUCAAUGCUACAACAUCUUCGAGGGCCCAACUCAUGAAACCUUCUGUGCCAGAAGCGGUCAGUUCCUCGGGAAUACCUACGUAUGCUUCGACGAGUUCGGGCCCGUAUCUCCUCGACUUAUCAUCGUCCUCCGAAGUAGUAUAUUGCCUGAACAGCUUGAAGACAUGGACCCUAAGAAAAAGAUAUCACGCCAAAUUGCACUGAAUGCAGUAGCGGUGCAGUUUCCCCAACCAGAGAAGGUCAAGUCUAUCCUUUCCGACUUACCAGUGGCGAAGGCUACAAACUCUUAUACGAGAGUCGUUAACGGCAGAGUAGAACUCGCGCCAGGAGAGUCGGGACAACCCCGGUCUAACGAUAAGUUCUGCUUUCGAUUUUGGCCAAUUUCUACCAAGCACGUGGACACGAUCAAUUCUGUAUUUCUGGAUAAUCUUUUACGGUCCAAGAGCAUCGUCUUCGGGUCAACGCAUCCUUUAAAACGAACACUAGAGUCAUACAUGACCACAGCCGCAGAUGGCUUUAAGACAGUCGGUACUGGGGAACAUGGGGCUCGAGUUGGCCGCCUCGCCUGUAUAGAGAAGUUGUCCGCUGUGCUCAAGAUGCUUGGGUCUAAGACCACAGCUGUCUGGUUUGAUAAGGAUGAGGAAAGAGGUGAACCAUUUACUCAGUCUUUUGACGAUGUGUGGCUGUCAAUGAUGACGAAAUGUUUCGAAAACAGCGAUAAAUCCAUCUCAGAACCCGAAAAGAUUCCCUUCUGGCAAGCAUAUUACACACUAGGCGGAUCUAGAGGGACGUUUGUGAACGACUUGGACCAAUCAUGGAGACUCUACAAAUUACAGGCACUGGUAUAUACCUUAACCAUGAAUCUCGAUGCCAGCCUUCAACGAAAAGCGCGUAUGAAUGCCCUUAAUCUUAUCCAUCGAAUCCACCCCAGACGUGUUUGGCUUUACGUGAAGCACCGAAGAUGGAUGUUCUCGGACGAGUAUGCGACUCUUCAGGAGACAUACAUUGGUAUGGCUCCUUUAUACGCUGCGAAGACGGAAGCACUAUUCAGAGCGGAGCGGGAGGAUGAGAUUGUUAGGGCCACACUCACUACUGAUCAACGAUAUUUGUCUGGUCUUAUCGUUGCGGCUGGACUGUUCUCAAUAGACGAGGAAUUUUUCACUGUGGAUUAG